AUAUGAAUAUUAGGAUAAUUGAGGAUGCAGAUGUCUGAUAAUAGACACACAGGUGUGUUAGGUUGGUAGUCUAAGUAUUGUUAUCUCAAGUGUAGUUUAAUAAUUAUGGUUGGGCUUAUGGUAGGACUUGGUUAAGGGUUAGCAUUGACAUCAGCAUGUUAACUACCAGUAACCUAACACCCCUUUUUUAACAAGACUCUAUUACUGUGCAUUAUCGGACACUGGUAUAAAAAAUCAUCCCAAUAUUCAUAUAUUGACAUAUACCUUCCAGAUUAAAUAGAUCUACUUCAGAUAGACUAGCUAGGACUAGUGACUAGAUAAACAGGCAAAUCCGUUAGGCAUUUCCCUUUGUGGUCAGAUGACCUGGUGCGCCCCAGGCUCCCCUGUGAGCAAAUUGGUGCCCACAUUCGUUUACAAAGCACCUUACUAUAGUUACAAGAUGGGACACUACAUUCAAUGACUAAAUCAAACCAGGGGACACACCCAGCACCACUGCAGUAGUGUGAAUGGUGGUUCCCUGGAGACCCAGUGAUGCUCCUGACACCUGGAAACAAAUAAUGCUGUUAACUAUAUAAUAAAAGAAUGGAUUCUGGUACAACACUGGGUAACUACCCACCAAUUGAUUGGAAACAGGUAGCUACUUUUCCAAAGAAGGUCCCCCAGAAACCUGAUAUCGAAUUUGAAAAGAAGACAGCAGAGGAAGCAUUUGAUGAAUUCAGACGUUUGUCCCGUAAAGUUGCCAGCCAUAGUUAUGACAUUCCAGAAGGACACAGUGUAAUUGUUGCAUAUGCUAAAUAUUCUGAUCCCAGUGAACCUUCAGAAGCCAUAGGUGUAAUAACAUUCUGUUUGGCUGAUCCUAGUGUAAAUAAGCCUACUACUACAACUCCACAGACAUUCAUGGAUGCAUACUUCCACCAACUGUCUUUUUUGUUUGUGCAUACGGAUUAUCAGAGAAGAGGUGUUGGGUCCCAGCUUGUAAAUAAAGCAAUAACAGUAAUAAAAGACAGCAACAUCAAAAGACCUGUCCAUAUAGAGGCUGCAAAAUCAGCUGUUAAAUUUUUCCGUAAAAUGAGAUUUAUCCGGCGUGGAGAAGUUGUUUGCACAAACUCACGAAGAGGAUCCAGCCUGUUUUGGAAUUUUUUUUGCAUGGAACUCUGUAUUUAAGUUUUUAAUUAAAAAGUAUUCAUAAUGUUAUUGCUUUGUUAGUCAUCCUGUCUUCUUAAAUGUAUUGCAUUUAUUUAAAUGGGGUUUUUAAAGUUCCAAAUCAAACUUUCAACAGGACUUUUAUUAAUUUUUAUACAUAUAGUGUGUUAUCAUUAUUCUUGUUGAAACUGCUCACUAAUAAAUUUAGCAUUUAAAAAGUAAUAUUAUGCAUUUGUGAUAUGGGUUAAAUUUAACCAUUUUAAUAAGUUGACAUACAUUAGUAACAUGAAAGAUAGAGUAGUUCCAUACCUUUGCAUGAUACUAAAUAGAUUGUCAUGUACCCUGGCAAGGUUAACCAUGUUGUAUAAAGAAAAAUUAAGUUUUAACCACUAAUUUAUAUAACAGGAACAGACUGAUGUUUUUAACUAAGUAUGCAGAUUGUGAAAAAAAAUCCAUUUAAAACCUCAGAGUAAUAUUUUAAAUGCUUUUUAUUGAAAUGUAAUGAUCACAAUAUUGUAUGUUUUGCUUUUUUGAUGUAUUGUAAACUUCACUUUUUGGAGGUUCAUCAAAUAAACUGAAAGAUUAAUUACUCUAAAAAUUAUUUGUCUCUGUCAAAAAUAAUUUGAAAGGGAUUGUUAGCUAAAUUUUAGUUACACAGCCAACCCAUUGAAUUGAUUUUUAGCCUCACUGGAUUCACAUAUUGAUAGUCUGUCAUUACUAAGAUGAAAGAACUGCUGGUUAUAUUUAAUAUUUCACUCAACUGGUUUUCUCAAUAUUUAAGUAUAGUAUUAAAAUAGCUGAUAAAUCUAAUCUUAUAUUUCUUUUUUGUCUUUCAUUAGAUAUUUUUUACUACCAAUAUAAUUUUUAAAUUUUGUGUCAUAUAAAACUUAUUCGUACUAGCAACAAAUACAUUAUUGAGUAAGUGAAUUUUUUCAAAGUACAUUAUUUAUUUUGUUUCUUUUCCUCAAGACAUUUCCAUUACCAAAUUAAGUAUGAUUCUUUAUACUUCAAGUUUUCAAAACUUUGAUGGACUAAUUUUAAAAAAUAGAUAAUUAUUCUUAUACCUUUUUUUUAAAGGCAGCAAAACAUUAUUCACAUAAAUGGUACUGCAUGUAUGUAAGUUCAAAAGAUUUUUAAAUUGAG